AUGAAAUAUCUAAAUAUCGGUAACAGUCAUUUGGAAGGAAUUAAUUUACAUAGAGAUAAUCUACUUUGGAAUCAAGACUUUCUCACCUUAGAAAUGAUUCCUAAGGAAGAUCUCAGCUAUUUGGAAGAGAAAAUUUUCCCUAUGCAUUAAGUCCAGAAAGGCAAGAUGAUAAAAGAAGUUGUAAAAAGCUAGUAGCAUAAUCCAGUAUCUGCCCAGGAUGUGGAUGAUGAAUUUUUAAAGAAAAAUGAGGAACUAUAGAAAAGAUCAACCCCUUACAAAAAUAAAUUCUAAAGAAAAAAGGCCAAUGAACAGCUUUAAUAGAUGGCUCGAAAUAUGGCAUUAUAAAAUGAAAAGGGGUACAGUCCAAAAAUUAAUUCAAGUGAGAAACUUCAAGGAAGCAAUAAUAUAGAUCAAGAGGAUUUGAUUGAACUUCAAAGAUAAUUAAAGGAAAGGCUUUCAGGAAUGAAUCUACGUAAAAUCAUUCAGUAAGGUGGGAAAAGCAUAGAACUAUUACUUAAUAAAGGCCCCUUAUCCAAGAUUGACUCAUUUAACAGAUACUAUUUUAAUGUCAAUAAUACAGACAAUAAAUCAGAAUAAAAUUUGGGCAAAAAACUGAUAUAUUCUAGGAACCUGCCUUUAGCUCCCAGAGAAUCUGACAAAGAUGAAAUAGAAAUGUUCAAGGGGAGCUUCUUAUUUUGA